UCGAAACCCUAGUUUGCUUGUUCUCGACUUUGGAGAGCUUUUUCGCCCAAUCUUAGAUCUCAAUUUUCCAUUCAGGAAAAAAAGAAUGAGCAGCCGUUCGAGUAGAACUAUCUACGUCGGGAACCUUCCCGGCGAUAUUCGCGAGAGAGAAGUUGAAGAUUUGUUCAGUAAGUAUGGACCUGUUAUUCAAAUUGAUUUGAAGAUUCCUCCAAGGCCUCCUGGCUAUGCAUUCGUCGAGUUUGAUGAUGCUCGAGAUGCUGAAGAUGCAAUUCAUGGUCGUGAUGGAUAUGACUUUGAUGGGCAUCGUUUACGGGUGGAAUUAGCUCAUGGUGGGAGGCGUUCAUCAAAUGAUGCUCGUAGUAGUUACAGUGGUGGUGGCCGUGGCGGUCGUGAUGGUGGUGACGGUGGUGGUCGUGGGCGUGGACCAUCUAGAAGAUCUGAGUACCGCGUUGUAGUGUCAGGGUUGCCUUCAUCUGCUUCCUGGCAAGACCUCAAGGAUCACAUGCGUAAAGGAGGAGAAGUCUGUUUCUCUCAAGUGUUCCGUGAUGGUAGAGGCACAACUGGAAUCGUGGAUUAUACCAGCUACGAGGACAUGAAGUAUGCGGUAAAAAAGCUCGACGACACAGAGUUUCGGAAUGCAUUUUCUCGUGGAUAUGUCCGGGUUAGGGAAUAUGAUUCGAGGAAGGACUCGAGAAGCCCUAGCCGUGGAAGAUCCUAUUCUAGGAGCCGAAGCCGCUCUCGCAGCCGUGGGCGGAGCCUUAGCCGUAGUCGUAGUCGUAGUCGCAGUCGCAGCAGGAGCAGGAGCAAGAGUCCAAAGGCUAAAUCUUCGCGUAGGUCGCCUGCAAAAUCUACAUCGAGAUCUCCUGCUCCCCGCUCUAAGUCGAGGUCACCAUCUCCGCGAGGAUCUCGUUCAAGGUCAAGAUCUCCUCUGCCUUCAGUUCAGAAGGAAGCAAGCAAGAGCCCUAGCAAGCUGAGUCCAGCCAAGAGCCCUAUGCGUAGCAGGAGCAAGAGCAGAAGCAGAAGCAGGAGCCCAUCUCGGUAAGGAAAAAUCUUUGAUAUCAGGUGAAAAAAGCUGGGUUUUGUUGGAAGUUUCUCCUAAAGAUCAUUUCUGUAUUAUGUUGUUCGCGUGACUAGAGCCAGAACAAGUUGUAUUUCUGGAUAACUUUGAAGAUCUUAACUUUAUUUUUUUGUCAUAUAUAUACACUGCUACAAUGUGUUUAAGAUUCUCUAAACAAAUCUCGUUUCUA